AACUCAAACUCAAAACCUUAACUUUGUCAAGGGGCGGUGGCUAUCUUGAGUUGUAGCUAGCUACAUUUACAUUGUGGAAUCAAAUCUGUGAAGUAAGAAAUGGUGUCUCUGUGGUUAUCAACCGCUGGAUCUGUUGUCCACCGUGGUGACUUCUUUACCAUCUUACUUCUGCCACUGCUCUUGUGCACUACAUUCACUUCUACAGAAGCCUAUGAUGCACUUGAUCCAAUUGGCAAUAUUACAAUCAAAUGGGAUGUCAUAAGCUGGACUCCAGACGGCUAUAUUGCUGUUGUUACAAUGUACAACUUUCAACAGUAUCGCCAUAUUCAGGCUCCUGGAUGGAUACUAGGUUGGACAUGGGCAAAAAAGGAAGUAAUUUGGAAUGUAAUGGGAGGCCAAACCACAGAGCAAGGGGACUGUUCAAGGUUCAAAGGGAACAUCCCUCAUUGUUGUAAGAAGGACCCAACCGUAGUGGAUUUACUGCCCGGAACUCCUUACAACCAGCAGAUUGCAAAUUGUUGCUCAGGGGGAGUCUUGACCUCAUGGGCCCAGGACCCUGAAAAUGCAAUAAGUUCAUUUCAACUUAGUGUUGGUUCAGCUGGAACAACCAACAAAACUGUCAAACUGCCAAAAAAUUUUACCCUCAAAGCACCAGGGCCUGGUUAUACCUGUGGCCCUGCCAAGAUUGUGAAACCAACUAAAUUUAUUACUAAAGACAAGAGGAGAACCACUCAGGCAUUAAUGACCUGGAAUGUUACCUGCACAUAUUCUCAAUUCCUGGCUCAGAAGACCCCAACUUGCUGUGUUUCUCUCUCAUCCUUCUAUAACAAUACAGUAGUAAACUGCCCUACCUGCACCUGUGGUUGCCAAAACAAAACAGAACCUGGCAGCUGUGUAGAUCCUAAUUCCCCACAUUUAGCUUCAGUUGUGUCACCACCAGGCAAAGCUACAAAUACACCUCUAGUCCGGUGCACGAAUCACAUGUGUCCUAUUCGAGUGCAUUGGCACGUGAAGCUUCAAUAUAAAGAGUACUGGAGGGUCAAGAUCACAAUUACAAAUUUCAACUAUAGAAUGAACUAUUCGCAAUGGAACCUUGUUGUGCAGCACCCGAACUUUGAUAAUGUAACGCAGGUUUUCAGCUUUAAUUUCAAGCCACUAACACCUUAUGUGGGCUUAAAUGAUACUGGUAUGCUGUGGGGAGUCAAGUUCUACAAUGAUUUACUCACUUCAGCAGGACCCCUUGGGAAUGUGCAGUCUGAGGUCUUAUUCCGAAAGGACAAAUCAUCCUUCACAUUUGAUAAGGGAUGGGCUUUUCCGCGAAGAAUUUAUUUCAAUGGAGAUAACUGUGUAAUGCCACCGCCGGAUGCCUAUCCAUGGCUGCCAAAUGCAAGUUCGAAACUAAUUUUCUCUUUACUGAGUACACUCCUAGGCACUUUAGCUUGUGUGGCAAUGUUAUUGACUUAAGCAUGGAGAAUAAUGGUCUAUAUGUGGAAACAUAAAGGGGUCAUCUUCUACUUUGAAGUCAAGUCAUGUGCACCAGAUUGUUAAAAGUUGAAGAGAUUCACAUGGUUCAAAAUAUGCAUAGAACACAGGUGCAUGCAUGCUUGCCAUAUGAAUCCUGUCCUGUUAUUUACUUAGGAGGGUAGAUUUUUACUGCCACGUGUAUUUUUGUAGCUUUUGCAUUGUAAAAUUAUUUAAGUUGCUCGAAUCAUUACUUUUUCUUCUUGUUCUUUUUUCCUUUUUAGAAUAGUUAAUUGAUAUCUUAGCACUGUGAUGAAUUUAAGCAAAAAAAACUAGUUAUCACCCACUACUCCUUUCGGGUGGAUGGCUUCAGUGCUUUGCCAUUUGUACUUUGA